AUGGAUUCAGAACGAAUGUCGUAUUCGGUAGGCACUCUAGCUCGAUCUGACUCGAUGUCGCUGAUCACGGACAGUACUAUGAAUGUCAUAUCUCUUCUCGAUUGUGCCUUUUACUUCUAUCAGAAUUACCCUUGCCGACUUUCUCAUACAGAACUGCAGUGGGAGUUUCCGUGCUAUGACUCAGUAUUUGCCUCCGAACAUCCAUUUGCUGCUCCAAGAUUUCAAGUAACACGAGGGAUCACCAUUCGUGAUGCGUUCAGUGAAAUGUUCGAAGAGGCUGGCGGACGUGAUAUUCCUUCACCAACAGCAUCCUCAGGCGCACUUGCAACUCUGACGGUACUAGACAUGUUUGUCUUGAUUCACGCUCCUCUUAUGCGAUCCAUGCACAACUCCGGCAUUAACCAACCUGUUGCGGCACCUAGCUUAGGUAAAAAGCGUCAGGCUGCUGCCCAAGAGGACUCGACUCUGGCUCCCAUUCGCAUGGCAUUGAUGCGUUGGCGAGAUCACUGGUUGACCCUCCGCAACACUGUUAGCAGUUGUGAAUGGGCUUCCAUGGGUUUUUACAAGAAUGGAUUUAACUUUUGGCUUGUCUCGCAACUUUUGAUUACCAAAAAGGAGAGCGUUGAUGUGGUUAUGAAGAUGGAGGUGCGAUGUGAGGAUAAGCUGGAGAAGCUCAAAGUUCUCCUGAAGGAUGACAAUGAAUUAUGAUGGUUACGAUUUAUAUUCAAAGGCUUAGGUACUUUGGUUGUGUUUCCUUUGAUUUCUGGAGUGACUGGGGUUCUUCUUACUAUAGAGGUGGGCGGUUCAUUUGUCACUGUUAUGGCUGUACCGGUAUCACCAUCACA